UUUACAUAUAAUUAAUUGUUCCAUCGUGUGACAAUGUUUUUGUUUCUGAUGCAACACAGACUUUUGAAUCUUAUGAGUGAAUUGGAAUUUAAUGUACUGUAUCGACACUAAGGAAAACCACGAACAAUCUUAAAUCAGAAUUUUGAACCCAGGAUCUUUCGAAUACGUAGCGAAGGAGUGGCCCUCGUUAUACAUGAGGGCUGCGUUCCUGUGAUACGACGAGUAUAACAAAAAUCCAUAAAACAGGAAACAUAUAUCAGUCGCCAUUGUGGCGUUUAACUUGCGUUAAUAUUCUUCGAUGUUAAGCCAAUAAUUUGCAUCACAUUUCCUGAUAAGCGUGGAGAAGAUUAGGUUUACAGAACACAAUAAAUUUAUUUGCUUCAUCAAUUCGGAUAAAGUACAAAGUAGCGAGAUUUCAAGGUCUUGCGGCGGUGAUUAUGACGAGGCUGUCUUCUGGGUUGUGCCACAUAGUCUGGGAGAAGUUAACAGAGUUGUCAGAGAUGUUCGCGGUUUCCAUCUUCUGGGCUAUGCUUGAACACUCAGAACAACCUAGAAGACAUACUCUACUCGCCGCCAUAAGUUAAUGAAAUCGCCCACACUUUUCGUCAUUCCAAUGCUGUCAUUUAAUGCCUUUGUUCGAUUGCCAAUAUUCGAUUACAAAUCAACAGAAACUAUCGAAUGAUUCUUUCAGUAGUACAAGUCUGCUCUCGAAUCAGUGUUCGAUAAAUGUUAUCGAUAGUGUAAAUUAUUCGAUACGUCCCAACCAUCUGUGACAGCGACAGAAAAGUCAUACAGUCCUGGCAUCUACCAGCGGAAAUGUUCUAAAGUGUUGAUGUGUUUCUGUUCUUUUCUUUUGCAGUUCCCAUAACUUCUGAAAGAUGUCAGAUGCGUCAUCAAAACAGUGAUGGCCUUGAGCGCAAAUACAAGGUUGAAGUUGAAUAACUCAUUAAAUUUGAAGUUUAAUGGUAUUGGAAAGUUGUGUGUAUCCAUUUCAGGUGUAAAAGUAGUUGUGCCCGUGUAAGACAUGUCGUCAGUACUGGAAAAUACGUAUUUGCAGGACAGGCUGCGGGAAAUGGGCGCGGUGUAUGAAGAGCGAUCAGGUUUCGGACAGUGUGAUUGUACUUCUUACUCAUAUUUCGCUCUGUCAGCGGUGUUAUUUGCAGUGGGAACUGUCAUCACUGUUCUCGCAUUAGGUGAUGCCGACGGAUAUAUAUUUAGCAGUUUGGGACAUAUGUGGCUAGUCGGUCCCAUAUUUAUAUGUUCAGGACUAAUGGUUGCAGCGAAAAGUGUUCUGUAUCUAAGAAGAAAAGGCAUUAUAUAUAUGCUGCUACGACGACGUGCACUUCUGAGGAGUCUACAGGAGCUGGCCCAACUGAGUCGGAAUCAGCAGUCUGGAGGAAGCUGUGUCAUCCGUAACCCCAGCACGGUCACUAUGCCGCCCACAUACGAGGCUUUGAUGAUGGGAGCUUCAGCUUCUCAUGGAGCAGGGGGUGGAGGUUCGACGGAGGCGCCUCCGCCGACAUAUGAGGAGGCUAUGUUCCUUAUCGGUGAUGAAAAACUUAGGGUCGUCCUGGAGGAAUCCAAAUACGCAACAAGCUCAGAAGAUGGUUUGAAUAAAGAGCCGCAAGGUGCCACAGCUGUUGCUGAGUUUGCAUCCCCGAGCCAGCACAAACCGUACGAGGCAGACUGAGAAACCGUUACCAUUACCCGUAAGACUGAGGAUGGUCGGGCCGGCCUCACGGCCAGUAAAAUGUGGCACGCAUCGGUACUUGGCAGCGUGACGUAAGAUGUUCAGUUCCAAGCCUUUGAGGAUGUUAACAAUCAUUACUGCAGUGACAUAUCUUUUCAUUUGGGGAGUUCUUUCUUGUGCAGCGGUAUGUCGUACAGAGCUGACUGAAGUAGCCUUGACAGUAUCAGAUGGUAACAAGGGU